AUGAUUAUGUUAAUUUUCAUACUGGUCUGGGGACUCUUGAGUGGACUUGCAGCUUCUACAACUUCAACUGAUAUCAACGCAAAUUUCUUUUAUCUUACUCUUGAUCCAAAUGCAACAAUAACAACUUUCCAAAGUAUUCAAGUGGUUCCCUCCUCCUCCAACGCACUAGUCAUCCCAGGUAAUGUUCAAGCUAUAUGGCCUGCGCUUCAAAACAAUAAAGGUAUUAUUCAAACCGUGGUUGCAAACCAAGGAAGCAUCGGAGAGUGGUUUUACAUUGGAUUAGAAUUUUGUUGCACACCUGAAGACUGGCAAGCUGAUAAAGCUCAGCAGGUAUAUCCAGGAGAUCGUAUCACCACAAAGUACCAAUUGAUGAGUGCAAGUACUGGAGUAUAUAAUGUUACAUGGAAGGUUGAGAGGGGUUACUCCGGUAUUCAAGCUGCCGAGAUGUUCUUUACUGCAGAAUCUCUUUUCAAUCCCCAAGAGCAUCCAACCCCUGGUGGCCAAGGCCCGUUUAAUAAGGCACUUUUCGCAAUCGAAACACAAGGAGGAAGUAAACCUACCAAUAAUACGGACUUCCAACACUACUUUUCCACUCCCACGGUCUUCGUCUCCGACAAUCAAGUAAUCUGCGAAUAUUCUUCGCUGAUCUUUGGUGACAUAAAACCACCUGCAGCUUUCUCAUCUCUCGCCACCUCACACACUGAAUCUGGACCCACCACACAAGAUCUGGUUUUCUCACCUACCACAAGCUCCACAGCUGCAGUUUUCGUAUAUCGUCAAGAGCCACCUCUUCCAACACCAAAUCUCGAUGGCCCAGGUAAUUCUCCCACCUCGACGCUCUCGAACGGCCUUCCAGAUCCCUCCUAUUCUGCGCUUUCAGCUUCCUGGGAAUCAGCCAAUAACUACUACAAUUCCUACAAUUCAAUCCAAAUGUCCAAAUACACCGUCGCACUAGAAGCCGAUCUGAAGAGCAUCUUUGGAACUACUACCAUCACGACGGUGGAUGGGGAUAGUGCGUUGACUACCAUCACAACCGAUAACUACAAAGCAUGGGCUACUGCUUACGCUGCGGCACAUGGAAAUGGAACGGGUAAUUCUACAAUUGCGGAUGCUGAUCAAGAUGCUGUCCACCUUGUUCCGAUGCCCCUUCCGUGGUUAAUGGCUAUGCUUGUCAUAAUGAGCUCGGUGAUCGUGGGCGCUGCUGCUUUUUUCAUCUACAGGCCUAGACAUAGGGAUGUUUCAUGA